AUAAAAUCUCUCAUUAGGAGGUAACUUUUUCCGUCAAAGAUCAGUUCAUUGAAAGAACCAUAAAGUUGCUUGGAUUCUUGGAAAAUUCGUGGAAAAGAUCGAGAAGAUUUUGAGGAAAAUUAGGGAAACGGUGGGAUAACAUUUUCUGUUCUUGCAACUCAUCCUCCAAAUUCAUCCAUCAAAUUCUGAAUAUUUUCUGGAGCUACCUGCAAGGAGAUCAAGUUCAAAUCAACUAUACCUGACAUGGCAAGGCAAGGAGAACCGUGCUGAGUGUGCGUAGGGAGAUAAAGCAAGCAUGAGCUAGGGGCCUGAGUGCUGGGGUGAGGUGAGAGGCGGCAAACCUGCUGAGAAACUAGAAACACCUGCUUUUCAAUGUAAACACACAGCACCAUGCCAACCCAGCUGCCAUUCUGGCACAAGAGGACCGGGACCACAGCAGGACACACAUUCCUGCUUUUACUCCUCUUUGUUAUCUUCGACCACCAGGUAACAGGCUCAGUCCUUGAAAGCCUGAUAGCUAAACGGACCGCAUACUGGGAGAACUGCAACAGAACUCUGGCAACAAGCACACUCUCAGAAAAUGGGAUCUACUGUAAAGGAACGUUUGACAUGUUUGUGUGUUGGCCCCAUUCAUCUCCUGGGAAUGUGUCGGCCCCCUGUCCUUCUUACUUACCAUGGAUCAGCGAGGACAGCUCCAGGAAGGCCCACCGAGAAUGCUUAGAAAAUGGGAGAUGGCGACAGAGGGAGAAUUCCUCCGAUCCCUGGAGGGAUGACUCAGAAUGUAAGGAGGACCAUUACUUCAAAGACAAGGAGGAUGAAAUGCUUCGCCAGACAGCCCUCAGGCUCAUCUCUGUCAUUGGCUAUUCCCUCUCCCUGUCCUCUCUCACACUGGCUACUCUCCUGAUGGCCAUGUUGAGGAAGCUCCACUGUACCAGGAACUACAUCCACAUGAAUCUGUUUGUGUCAUUCAUCCUGAGAGCCACGGCUGUCAUUUCUAAGGAAAUCAUAUUAUACAUCAUGUAUAACAACCUGCCCAAGGACGACCCUGGAUGGAACGCCUACUCAAGCUCUGCGAUAGCGUUGAUGUGUAAAUUCUCCAAAGUGUGCAUGGAGUACUUUGUGGCCUGUAACUAUUUCUGGCUCUUAGUGGAGGCCAUUUUCCUCCACACGCUGCUCUUCACAGCUGUGCUGACCAAGCGACGUCUGCUGAAGAAAUACAUGCUGCUAGGAUGGGGAACACCUGUCUUGUUUGUAACACCAUGGACAGUUGUCAAGAUUUUAUACGAAAACACAGAAUGCUGGUCAAUUGUGAACAGAUGGUUCUGGUGGAUAAUAAGAGGUCCGAUUACUUUAUCAGUGCUGGUCAUUUUCUUCAUAUUCAUCAAGAUUCUAAUGCUGCUGCUGUCCAAGCUGAAAGCAGAUCUUGUGAAAUUUACAGACUACAGAUACAGCUUGGCCCGAGCAACACUGGUACUGAUUCCUCUGCUGGGAAUCCAUGAAGUGGUCUUCACUGUGCUGAUAGAUGAAUGCGUGGAGGGCAGCAGUCGCUACGCCAGGAACUUCGUCAACCUCACUCUCAGCUCAUUUCAGGGAUUCUUGGUUGCUGUGCUGUACUGUUUUGCUAAUGGAGAGGUCCAAGCUGAACUGAAGAAGCGCUGGCAACUCUUUCUGUUUACCAACCACUUCCAGUUCAGGAGCUGUUUUCAGGGUGUGCCGCUCAAACAUCUGUGGAAGUGCACUCAAGUGCACCGCCCACACUGCUCUCGGCAGAGUUACUCCUACGACGAGGGUGGCACCUCCACAACGCACCCACAUCUGCUUCAGGUGGCUGUACAUGGAGGAGGUGGGGGGCUUGGACUAGGAGAGGUUAAAGGCCAGGGGUUGAUGGGCUGUGACACAACAGGGCUUGACUUUCUCACCAGGAAGAGCCUGUCCAGUAGUGAUGGAGAGAUAACGCUCGGGGAGACCAUGGAGGAAAUUAUAGAGGAGAGUGAGUUCUGAUCUCCUUUAUUUUGUUGGUAUCACUUAACAUUAAGUGAUGCGUACUGACAAAUACACAGGGAAAAGUGAAGGAGAAAUUAGGAAACAUAUCCUUCCAUGAAGGAUCACCAACCAGGCAAGGGUGACAAGGGUGAAAGUGAACAUCAACUAAGUUGAGUCUUGGGGCGUUGUCCUGUAGAUGGGCUCUGUAAAAUCUAGACCUUCAUUAUUUGUUUAUAUUGUGCAUUUGUAUUCCCAAAUAAAGCCAUCUCAAAAUAGUUGACACAGACAACCUUAUGGACGGGUUACACGACGAAAUCCUUGCUAAAUUAGCCGAAAUACAGGCUUGGUAACUACUUGCAGGGCUAGUUGGUGAGCUAAUUGCUAACACAAUAGAAAGCUGUUUACUCCCUCUUGGCAGUAAUCCCCUAAUUUGCUAGCUUGCUAACAGAAAGUAAGCAAGCGUGUUAGCUUGGUCGCUAGUGGGACGAUUCCACACAUUAGCAACAUUAUCAGGAGAUGUAUUUUUGCCAUCAACUCCUCUUUAAAAUCUCCAACAGAGGAGGGUUAGCAUAAAAAUAGAAGUGGAUAGUGUAACACAGUUAAAAACUCUGAUUGGUCAGUACUGAUCUUGUUCAGUACUGUCAGGACGGUUUGCUGUCGAUUCACCAAAAGACCAAGAAAGAUUAGCAUGGAUUUACAUAAAUUGAUCACAGUGAUUCCAUUUGGACUUAAUUUAUUUUACUGUGAAAUGUCACCGUUUUAAAUGCUGGUGUAGCUAGACCUUAAGUACUGAUUGGUCUCUGGGUCUCAAAUACUGAAGUUUCUAUGUGUAGUCGAAUGUGUGCACUAUAAAGAUCCUAUGAAGUGAUGUUAUUACUUCCUUAAUGUGAUGUACAGAAAGUUUGAUUAAAUAGGAAGGGCAAACAGUUAAAUGGGAUCAAUGGGAUUUCUUAGGUUCAGCAUGGGGUUGCCACUGUAAAUGCACUGUUUUCAUGACUUAUCUACGGUAACAGCGUAAACAUACAUUGACUUACAUGCAACUGCAGGCAUUUAAGGUUAAGUUUGUGCAAUUUUGUACUCACAGAAAAAAUGUACAGUGCAGCUAAUACUAAACAAAUGCAACAGCAGUGUUUUCACAGUUUUAUGUACCAUGUAACAUCUUACUAUAUCUGGCCAGUUAUAAAUAUCCAUAUGACACAACAUCUGGAUUGAUAUGUGCAUAUAAAUACAAUGUAUUUGUUGUCUGAAUGUGAAUAAUGCAAAGGCUCUAUGUGCAGCAAGUUUUAAAGGCUUUUCCUGUUUUCUAUGCAUUUGAAGCUUAAAAUGUAUCAAAGAUAUUG